AUGGCGCCCAUUCGCCGAUAUCUUCGCAUCACCAAGUACUCUGUGCUCGAAGUGCGCAUUUACCUGGACAACCCAGCUCUCGCGCAGUCAUGGCUCUUACAUCCGCGACACAAUGUGCUGCCUAGGAUCAUGGAAGCUGUCCGCCCGCUGGUUCUGCCAAAGCUGCGUGAGGAGAAAGAGCGCGCGCGCAAGAAGAGCACCAAGAAGAAGGGAAUCAAGGAUGUCGUAGCGGAAGAUGACUUCGAGGUCUCGAUCUUUCUGACCGAAACAAGCACCCGCCACUCACUACUCACGAAGCACAAGCAUUUCCAUGACAAGACUCAGACCAAGUUGACCUCGGCAUCGGGUCGGAGCCUCGUCGGCGCAUCCAACGAAGCGCCCAUCGACAUCGAUCUCGCCGCCGCUUCGGCCCCCAUCACGCUGCAGGAAGAAGACGGCCAAGACGACAUUGGGGCUGCUCUGGCUGCUAUACCUGCAGCCCCCACAGUUCUACUCGAGGACAUGGCGCCAAGCACGCGGCCGAAGCGAGCGCGCGCACACACAAGAUACACAGACGCGGGGGUCGAGCAAGAAGAAGAUGCUGACAGCGAUCUCUUCAUUGCAUCAGACGACGGUGCGGCGGAUGUGGACGCAGAGUCGCAAUCAGCCAGUGCAGGUUUACCGCCCCCGCAUAAACGCCGCAAGGAAACGUCGGCAGACGGCACUGGGGGCGAUGAUAAAAAGAAGCUUGCCAUGGACAUAUCGUACGAAGGCUUCUCCAUCUACGGGCGAGUGCUGUGUUUGGUCGUUAAGCGCCGCGAAGUUCCCGCUGCGGCGGGAGGCAGUGGUACGGUCGCAUUGGGGGCUGGUAACAACGACAAGACCCAGGGCCAGGGUCAAGCCAUGAUGGAGAACUUCAUCAUCUCGACACAGAUACCUGCAGGAGAAGUAGCUCCAUCUUGA